GUGUGUGACACCGGAACAACAUGAAAGGUUUGAGCUCGUCUCCCGCGCUCUUCGAGAGUAAACGCUGUCACGUUACCAUAGCAAUGGACAGAAGCAAGUGGGAGAAGACACUCACCUGCUUUCAGGCAUCUGCGCGUGGAUACUUGGUGCGAGACGAAGUCCGUCGUACGCGAGAAGACUUUGAGGACAUCGUGAGAGAGAUUGAUGGAAGCCUGACCCACGUGGAGUGGAAGGAGACGGUCAUCGCUAUCCCCCACUUCACAGACAAUGUAGACAGCUUUAACCGGAAGUUUGUAAAUCAUCUUAUCGGUGCCUCGCUCUCUCUCAUGCCUGUGCUCGUGCAUCUUCAGGAGGGCCCAUUUCUACGAACCAGAAGCUCUGCAAGCAAACCUUCAAAUGCAUCGUCACCAUCAUCAUCAUCAUCAUCAUCAUCAUCAGCGGAGAGAGGAGAUCCUCGUGUCCUCCAGGAGAGGAUAGAAGCAGAGAGAGAUGAUUGUGAUGCUACAGCUGCUGCAGUGAGACAGAAAGAAAGCACCGAGUUGGAGAAAGAUGGAGACUCCACCACCGUGUGGAGCAGUUUGGAGCUGGACAUGAACUAUGGUGACUCAAACAAAGCUCCCCGGCAGUCCUGUGCCCCAGAGGCCCUGCGUCUGCACAGAAACACCCUGACCAUGGAGCUGGUCUGGCUACAACAGGCCAUUGGCAGCAGGAAGAAGUACUUGUCACUGAAGGACAGGCUGAGCGUAUCCUGACGGCAGCAGUGAUGUGAACUGGACUCGAUAAUGUGGGACUGAAGGCCUGACUGCUGUCUGUUAACUGAACUUUUAUUGUACAUCAACAAAGACGCCGUAAAUAGAUUGCUUUCAGUGGCAUACAUCAUGUGUUUGACAAAAAGCUGUACAUUGGAUAUAUUAUUUGCUAAUUUAA